AUGGCUUCCUACGCCGAGCUAUUGCCUGGCUUUGUGCCCAGCUUCUGGCUCAAGUGGCUUGUCGUCUGCGUGGGUAUUGCACUCCUCCACCAGCUCGCCUGGUGUGUGUACUGUCUAUACUUCCACCCCCUCGCCAGAUUCCCCGGUCCCAAGCUUGCUGCCGUGUCCGACGUAUGGUUGGCUCGGACCUGGCUCAGUGGACGCUAUGCGAAGAUCAUCCAAGCCGCCCACGAGAAAUACGGCGACGUAGUGCGCGUAGCACCCAACGAGCUCACCUUCGCCACGGUCCAGGCGCACCGCGACAUCUACUCGACGCCGUCCAAGACGGGCAAGACCAAGAAGCCGUUCCUCAAAGACGGCCAGUUCUACAACAACGGCGACGUCAAGACGCUGUUCUACGAGCUGGACCCGGCCGAGCACGCGCGCCAGCGCAAGCUGCUCGCCCCGGGCUUCUCGGCGGCGGCCAUGCGAUUCCACGAGCCCGUCAUCCACCGGUACACUGAUUUGUUUGUGGACCAGCUCGAGAAUUUGGACAGGGAGAGCCACGGUGCCGGCUUCAAUGUGACCGAGGCUUUCAUGUGGCUGGGUUUCGAUAUCAUGGGCGAGCUCACCUUCAGUGAAUCCUUCGGCACCGUCAAGAACAUGAAGCCGCACUUCUGGAUCUCGCUGCUCCGAGACUCCGCCCACGCCGCCAUCCUCCCGUCCCUGAUCUCGCGCCUGCCCUGGCUCUGGCCCCUCCUCCCCUUCAUGGUUUCCUUCUCCUCGCUCCGCAACUUGCGGAAGCACUACGCCUACACGCUAGCCACGGUGCGCCGCCGCGUACAGCGAGACGCCGACGCCAACCCCUGCGCGCUCCCCGACGCCAGCAAGGACGCCGUCAAAAAGACUACGACGGAGACGGAGAAGACGGAGGGAAAGGAUAAGCCAAAGCAACCAACCGACCUCUUCGCCCCCAUCAUCGCCCACGGCAACAUGUCCGAAAAGCAGCUCGUCUCCCUCGCCCAAGCCAUCAUCAUCGCAGGCGCCGACACCGUCAGCCAUGUCCUAACCGGCGCCUUCUACUUCCUAACCACCCACCCCUCCUCCCUAUCCGCACUGCAACACGAGAUCCGCAAUUCUUUUAGUAGUAUGGACCCAAAGGUCAUGAGUGGCGGCGCCUUGGCGGGGUGUCGGUGGUUGAAUGCCGUUCUCGAGGAGACUAUGCGCUGCUUCCCGCCCAUCGCAUUCGGGCUGCCGCGCGUGUCGCCCGGCGAGGUCGUGGAUGGGAGAUUUGUGGCGGAUGGAAGUGUGGUCAGCGCGCCGCAUUGGGCUGUGCUGCAUCGGGGGGACAGUUGGGAGGCGCCGUUUGCGUUUCGGCCGGAGCGCUGGUUGGGUGGAGGAGAGGGAGAGGGUGUAGGAGGUGGGACGGAUGGCCAGCCCAGGGGCUUGCCGUUCAGUUCGGGGCCGCGGGCUUGUCUGGGGAUUGCGCAGGCUUAUCUUGAGUUGCGGAUUGCGCUUGCGAAGCUCGUGUGGACGUACGACAUCAGCCUUGUAGGCGACCAUGGGGACUGGCUCGGCCGCGCGCAGAUGCAUAUGCUGUGGAAGGAGGCACCUCUGAUGGUGCAUUUCCAGCGGCGCGAGGGGGAGGAUGGCGUCGAGGACGAGGUCAUUGAGCGAGGGGUCUCACUGAGGAACGUUUGGGUGCUGAGCUGA